UUCUCGUGUCCUGUUGUUUCCAAUGACAACUGUGAAGCGCUCUUUCUGUGCUGGGGCAGUCCUGGUCUCGAUAAAUAAUUGAAUCCUGCCAGUCGGCGUGCGCUCCCUGGCCUCUCCGACCGUGUCUGAGCCAGAAAUGUGGGCGCGUCUUGUGAACUGGCAGGCAAAAGCUCUGGGCCCCAGGCCGGCUGCUCACGGGUUCCCGCUGUUUCCCGUUGCAGGUGGUUCUCCUGGGCAUGGACAUCCUGUCUGCGCUGGUCACCCGGCUGCAGGAUCGGUUCAAGGCGCAGAUUGGCACAGUGCUGCCAAGUCUAAUAGACAGACUGGGAGAUGCUAAAGACUCGGUGAGGGAGCAAGACCAAACUCUGCUGCUAAAGAUCAUGGAUCAGGCUGCUAAUCCCCAGUAUGUGUGGGACCGAAUGCUGGGAGGCUUCAAGCACAAGAAUUUCCGGACUCGGGAAGGCACAUGUCUCUGCCUUGUUGCCACACUCAAUGCCUCUGGAGCACAUACUUUAACACUAAGCAAGAUCGUGCCACAUAUAUGUAACUUACUUGGAGAUCCAAACAGCCAGGUUCGAGAUGCAGCAAUAAACAGCUUAGUGGAAAUUUACAGACAUGUAGGAGAACGUGUGAGGGCAGAUCUCAGUAAAAAAGGAUUGCCACAGUCCCGAUUGAAUGUAAUUUUUACAAAAUUUGAUGAAGUUCAAAAAUCUGGAAACAUGAUACAAUCUGCAAAUGAUAAAAAUUUUGAUGAUGAAGAUUCUGUGGACGGUAAUAGACCUUCCUCUGCCAGUUCUACAUCAUCCAAAGCUCAACCAAGCUCACGGAGAAACGUUGGAAUGGGGACCACCCGCCGGCUUGGAUCAUCCACUCUUGGAUCCAAGUCCUCAGCUGCAAAAGAAGGAGCUGGUGCUGUUGAUGAAGAGGACUUUAUUAAAGCAUUUGAUGACGUCCCUGUAGUGCAGAUUUAUUCCAGCCGAGACCUUGAGGAAUCCAUAAACAAGAUUAGGGAAAUAUUAUCUGAUGACAAGCAUGAUUGGGAGCAAAGAGUAAAUGCUCUAAAAAAGAUUAGAUCUUUACUUUUGGCUGGUGCUGCUGAGUAUGAUAACUUCUUUCAACACUUGCGUCUUUUGGAUGGAGCCUUUAAACUAUCUGCUAAGGAUCUGCGGUCUCAGGUAGUGCGGGAGGCUUGUAUCACAUUGGGGCAUCUGUCAUCAGUUCUGGGGAAUAAAUUUGACCAUGGAGCUGAAGCCAUUAUGCCAACUAUCUUUAAUUUAAUUCCAAACAGUGCCAAAAUUAUGGCUACUUCUGGUGUUGUAGCUGUUAGGUUAAUCAUUCGGCACACACACAUCCCUAGGCUGAUACCUGUCAUAACAAGCAACUGUACCUCCAAGUCUGUUGCAGUUAGAAGGCGCUGUUUUGAAUUUUUAGAUUUACUUUUACAAGAAUGGCAAACACAUUCACUGGAACGACACAUAUCAGUAUUAGCUGAAACAAUAAAGAAGGGAAUACAUGAUGCUGACUCUGAAGCAAGGAUAGAAGCCAGAAAGUGUUACUGGGGUUUCCACAGUCACUUCAGCAGAGAAGCUGAGCACCUGUACCACACCUUGGAGUCCUCCUACCAGAAAGCGCUGCAGUCCCAUUUGAAGAACUCGGACAGCAUCGUGUCUCUGCCACAAUCCGAUCGCUCGUCUUCUAGCUCUCAAGAGAGUCUGAAUCGGCCGCUCUCUGCCAAAAGAAGUCCUACUGGAAGUACCGCCUCUAGAGCUUCUACAGUUAGUACCAAAUCUGUGUCAACGACUGGAUCCCUCCAGCGGUCUCGAAGUGAUAUUGACGUGAACGCAGCUGCCAGUGCCAAAUCCAAAGUGUCCGCGGCUUCAGGCGCUGCACCUUUCAGCUCUGCCGCAGCCUUGCCUCCAGGGUCAUACGCAUCCUUAGAGUCCAGACACCUGAGGGAAGAUACGGAGUCCGUAGGCCUUGACGCAGGUCGGAUCCGCACUAGACGACAAAGCUCUGGGAGUGCCACCAACGUCGCGUCUACGCCUGCCGACAGUCGAGGCCGCAGUCGUGCUAAAGUGGUUUCACAGUCCCAGCCUGGCAGCCGGUCAAGUUCCCCAGGGAAAUUGUUGGGAAGUGGUUAUAGUAGCCUUGCUGGCGGUUCCUCAAGAGGGCCACCUGUGACACCUUCUUCAGAAAAACGGAGCAAGAUUCCCAGGAGUCAGGGAUGUAGCCGAGAAACAAGUCCAAACCGAAUAGGAUUAGACCGAUUCGGGCUUGGCCAGGCAGGAAGAAUACCUGGUUCUGUAAAUGCCAUGCGAGUUUUGAGCACAAGUACCGAUCUUGAGGCUGCUGUUGCUGAUGCUUUGCUGUUAGGAGACUCCAGGAGCAAGAAGAAGCCCGUGAGGAGGAGAUAUGAGCCAUAUGGGAUGUAUUCUGAUGAUGAUGCCAACAGCGAUGCUUCGAGUGUCUGCUCUGAGCGCUCAUAUGGUUCCAGGAACGGUGGCAUUCCCCAUUAUCUGCGGCAGACCGAGGAUGUAGCAGAAGUUCUCAACCACUGUGCCAGUUCAAACUGGUCAGAGAGGAAAGAAGGGCUUCUAGGCCUGCAGAACUUACUGAAGAGCCAAAGAACACUUAGUCGAGUAGAAUUGAAAAGAUUGUGUGAGAUCUUCACCCGAAUGUUUGCUGACCCUCAUAGCAAGAUUGCUGAUUCAGAACCAGAAUGUGAGGAUAAAGAAGGAAAUUUGUUUCCAUCAGAAGGCUCUUGUACAGUGAGUUUGCAGAGAGUUUUCAGCAUGUUUUUGGAGACUCUUGUGGAUUUUAUAAUAAUUCAUAAGGAUGACUUGCAAGACUGGCUUUUUGUUCUUCUCACACAAUUACUUAAGAAAAUGGGUGCAGAUUUACUUGGAUCUGUGCAAGCAAAAGUUCAGAAGGCUCUAGAUGUCACAAGGGACUCCUUUCCAUUUGAUCAACAAUUUAACAUUUUGAUGAGAUUUAUUGUGGAUCAAACACAAACUCCUAACCUCAAGGUCAAAGUUGCGAUCCUGAAGUACAUUGAGUCUCUUGCCAGGCAGAUGGAUCCGACAGAUUUUGUAAACUCUAGUGAGACAAGGCUUGCUGUUUCUAGAAUUAUAACCUGGACAACAGAACCAAAGAGUUCAGACGUGAGAAAGUCCCCGCUUCAGCGUAGUCGAGUAGGUGAGGAUUUCCCCACUAGGGCAGCUUCAUCCUGCUCUGGGCCUGGAGAAGGAAACUUGGAAGAAAAUUGUAAACAGGCAGCGCAAAUUGUGCUAAUCUCUCUGUUUGAAUUGAAUACUCCUGAAUUUACCAUGUUACUUGGUGCCUUGCCAAAAACAUUCCAGGAUGGUGCCACCAAACUCCUGCAUAACCACCUCAAGAAUUCCAGUAACACCAGUGUGGGCUCUCCGAGCAAUACAAUUGGCCGGACUCCCUCCCGACACACCAGCAGCAGGACUAGCCCCCUGACCUCACCCACCAACUGUUCCCAUGGGGGCUUGUCUCCAAGCAUGCUGGACUAUGAUACAGAGAACCUGAACUCUGAAGAAAUCUACAGUUCUUUGCGUGGAGUUACAGAAGCCAUUGAAAAGUUUAGUUUUCGAAGCCAAGAGGAUCUGAAUGAGCCAAUUAAACGAGAUGGCAAAAAGGACUGUGAUAUUGUGUCCCGAGAUGGUGGGGUUGCCUCUCCUCCCACUGAGGGUCGGGGAGGGAGUGAUGUGGUGGAAGGAGGCAGGACAGCUCUGGACAACAAGACCUCCCUCCUCAACACCCAGCCUCCACGUGCCUUCCCAGGGCCGCGGGUGCGAGACUACACUCCAUAUCCCUACUCGGACACCAUCAACACCUAUGACAAGACAGCCCUGAAGGAGGCCGUAUUUGACGAUGACAUGGAACAACUUCGAGAUGUGCCCAUUGACCAUUCUGACUUGGUGGCUGACCUCCUAAAAGAGCUGUCCAACCACAACGAGCGGGUGGAGGAACGGAAGGGUGCCUUGCUGGAGCUGCUCAAGAUCACCCGGGAAGACAGCUUGGGCGUCUGGGAGGAACACUUCAAGACCAUUCUGCUCCUGCUGUUGGAGACACUCGGAGACAAAGAUCAUUCCAUCCGAGCACUAGCAUUGAGAGUUUUACGUGAAAUUCUGAGAAACCAGCCAGCAAGAUUUAAAAACUACGCCGAGCUGACGAUCAUGAAGACUCUGGAAGCCCACAAAGACUCCCAUAAGGAGGUGGUGAGAGCUGCCGAGGAGGCUGCGUCCACACUGGCCAGUUCCAUCCACCCGGAGCAAUGCAUCAAAGUGCUCUGCCCCAUCAUCCAGACAGCCGACUACCCCAUCAACCUCGCCGCCAUCAAGAUGCAGACCAAAGUCGUCGAGAGGAUUGCCAAGGAGUCCUUGCUGCAGCUCCUUGCUGACAUCAUACCGGGCUUGCUGCAGGGUUAUGACAACACCGAAAGUAGUGUGCGUAAGGCCAGCGUGUUUUGCUUAGUGGCAAUUUAUUCCGUAAUCGGAGAAGAGCUGAAACCUCACCUUGCACAGCUCACAGGGAGCAAGAUGAAGCUACUAAACUUAUAUAUAAAGAGGGCCCAAACCACGAACAGCAACAGCAGCUCCUCCUCCGACGUGUCCACACACAGCUAAUGGCGACGCCACAGUCUCUUCGUGUAGCCCUAGAAGCAAUCGGUGGUGCCUCUCUGAGACCUUUCCCACCUCCCCCUCAUCGGCUGCCCAGUCAGUACAAGGAGGCCCGCAAAUAUUUAUUACAAUCAGUAUUUUGGUCCCUUCCAGCUUUUGUGUAGAAUCUUACUGGUAUUGAAUGUAAAGGAAACAAGGCCAGCAUUGCAUCUUCUUAAGAAACAACAGGAAUCAGAAAAGAGCGAUACUUAAACAUGUCUUAUACAGCCUGCUGAGAUCAUACAACCAUGUGUGUGGGUGCAGAUUUUAAAAUCAGAGCUCUCUAGCCAAUACUUGGUAGAAAAUAGCAUUUUCUUUUCAGUUAACAACAGAUUUGAGGAAGGAGUGUUAAUUUGUGUUUCUCUUUCAUCUUAGUUUACUUUCCUCUGGACGUGGCCUGUAUGAGGCAGAGCACUACCCCUUUCACAGUUGACACCGUGGAAGGGUCGUUUGUCUUUAAGUUGUGUUUUGAGACCUACUAAGAAUGUAAAUCAAGUCUUUGCAAGAAAUGGAGAAAAGCCUGAAGAUGGUCUUUUAACAAAAACGUGACAUUUUGCCUAGACUGGAGGCUGACUGCCCUCACCUUUAGUGUAGGAGGGCAUCCUCCAUAAUCCCCCCAGGACAGGCUCCUGCACCUCUGAGCAGCUCCACUGACGCUGUCCCCACCCCCAGGCUGCCACUCGAGAGAGUUCUUACAGUUUAAAUGCAGUCAAGGUAAAGUUAUGGCAUCAGUUAAUGGCCGCCUAAAAAGCCGUUUCAUGAAGUGUAGACAGUGGAGGAGGAGCGUUUGUUCUACUGCUAAGAUCUUGGGGAAACCUGGACUUCUCCCAGGACCCUGGGCCUCCUGACACCCGGUUAGCACUGUCUUUUUCCUCUCCCCUGACCUGUGCCUGAGCUGCUCAGUUCUAAAAUGUUCUCAGUCAGUCUGGUAAAGGGCAACGCUCCCCUCUCAGUUAUGACUUUAAUUUGAGAUUAAGAUCAACGAAAAGUCUAGAGAGACCAAGUGUCAGAAUCUUUUUGUUUUUUAGUUUUAUGGACUGAAGUACCUUCUCAAUCAUCUAUCUAUUGAAAAAGUCAUUGUUUACGGAAAAAAUAAUUAUGAUGAGUGGCAAAUUGCAGAAAAACAGGAUUUGAAACAGUUUUAGAGUCUGCUUCCUUUUCUUCAAUGAGAAAUUAUCAAAGAAACUACCUUUUUAAAAAAAUGUCUUGGGGGUCUGAUUGCUGUAAUAAAAGUAACUAGAUUUGGAGUCUGGUUAAGUAAGUUUUGAGUAAAAUUCUUAGAGCCGAGUGGAAACUUCUAAUGCAAUCACGAAGACUUGUAUUGUCUCUUGUUACUCUAUUUUAGAUCCUCUCCAUUGAACUGACUUUUCCGUAAGGAAAACGCCUAUUCUCAUGUUAAUUUUUACUGAGGUGUUUGCUGUUGGAUGUGAGUCGCUGCCCCGGCCUGAAGAGCAGGGACAGGUUCUCACCGCUGCUCUCCACACGGCCCCCUUCUCUGACCUCCAGCGUUGAUGCUGGAAGCUGGGAAAGGCACUGUAGCAGACAUAACUCGUUUUCAUUCUGAAUUUGUUUUAGAUACUUUAUUUGGAAAUGGGCACUGAAAAUGAAGGUCCAGGACCAGUGAAGCCAGAGUGCCUUCACUGCGAGGGUGUGUGUGUGUGUGUGUGUGUGUGCGUGUGUGGAGGGGACGUCUUGCACACGUAGGAAGUACCCCACUGCUGCUGUUGAGGGAACUUCAAGAGCGCAUUUUAAGUGGUUGAAUAUUAUUGACUUAUUUUUGGCUCAAAACAUAGCAGAACCAGGCCUUACUUUCAUUGAUAAAUACCGUUUGUUAAUAUUUCACUAACAGGAUUUCUUUUUUACUCUCUACAAGUGAGCCAGAAAGUCUCGAUGGCGCUUCUGUGGUGGAAACGUGCGUUCUGGCUAGGUUAUUCAGGAGUUCUUUUAUGCUUGCUGCAUUCAGAGAGACCUUUCUCCUGUAACUCUUUGACGCCCAGGGCGCCCUGGCCCCCGCCUGUAGUUGGGAAGAAUCUUGAACAUUGCCAGCUGUCCUCAUGGUACUCACGAAGGGCUAGCCUUGAAUGUCACUUGCCCACCCUCAAUCUCCCGACUUAGAUACAAUCGCUCCCGGGUCUCUUGGCCUCAAUCAGAACUGCUCCCACCACCGAGGAGACUCGCAUGCCGCCGCCACCUCACAGGGAGGGCUGUGCCACCGCUGCCCUCUCCGAGUCCUGACAGCUGCAGCUGCCUUGCCUUGCCGCCACCUCCCUGCAGGCCUCCUGUUCAGACGAAACAACAGAACACAGAAGAGCAAAGCCCCCCAAACUGGGUUUGCCUCCCCCGUUUACCUGACUGUACAGGGCCCCAACACCCCCCACGCCCCGCUGGGGCCGGAUUGCCUGGCUCUCGCUUCCCUUCAAGCUGCUGCCAUCCCUCUCAGGCCCCGGUGCGCCCGCAGGCCGAGGCCGAGGGGGCGGCAGGUGGCCUUCUUCAAGGGCACCAAGUGUGCUUCGCUGGACCGGGCCGAGACGGCCGCGGGGCUGCCUUUCUGGGGCUCCUCACUAGCUUGUUGAUACCCCGAGCAGGUAAUGCAGCCGAGUUUGUCUCAUCAAUCUUUUUCUUUCCCUGCCACCCUUUAUUUAUCAAGCAUAAUAUUACACAUUAAAAAACAGCAAAUAAGAACUUUGUAGAAUCCCACCAGGACUUUGCUAACAAUAAUGUUUGGAAAUGAAAAAAGAAAUACUCUGAAAAGGAUCAGCCACCAAGAUAGUUUUGUUGGCACUGUGUUCACACGCAUGGUCCCCCACACCCCCAGGUUGGGUUUUUGUUUUUUGUUUUUGGGCUUUUUCAUGUUACAUCCAUAUCUGUAUUUAUAUCUUAUUUGUUUCACCUUCAAGUGUAUCAUGGCAAAUGUACAGAUUUUUUUUUGUUGUUAAUAAUGUGCUAGGAUUUGCUAAAAAAGAAAACAACAACAAAAAAACCCCUUUGAGUUUGCCCUAGAAUAAAUGAAACUUAAUUCAGA